AUGGACGUGAAGGCUGUCGUUGCGGCAAAAGCUUCCGCACAUCAACAACGGCGCAGACGAGCGCUGCGCCUGCUUCUACUAAGAGGCACUACCAAGGAGAGAGACUACCUUACCGUAGCGAGUCUGCAGGACCCGCUCCAAUCCGCGUGGCAGCAACUCUACGACGAAAAGCUUCCUGGUAGCUUCAUAGCUGCCGUAUCCCUACCACCCACAGCGUUCGAGUUACUCCUAGCGAAGUUUGCCAAGUUCUACCAGCUCAAGUGGAGGCCCGGUCAGCGCGGACGCCCGCCAAAACUGCGUUUCUUGCAUGCAGUACUAGGUUGUGUGCUGCACUUCUACACGGCAGCUGUAGAACAGAAGACACUGUGUGAAAUAUUCGGUAGUCCGCCAGCUACUUUGUCAAGUGUGUUGGCAAGGGCUGAAAUAGCGCUGGAGCUAGCGCUUAAUGAGCUUCCCGAUGCUGCUGUUCGCUAUCCUACCAAGCAGACGCAAGUCGCGUGGGCGGCAGCAGUUAAAGCGCGCGAGCCUUUGGUAGAGGGUGUAUGGGGAUUUGUUGAUGGAAAGAACUAUCGAGUUCAGGAGCCAUCGGGCGUCGACUUGCAAAACGCGCACUACAACGGUUGGCUACAUUCGGUACUUGUGACUGGCACACUUUGCUAUGGCUGUGAUGGGACUCUCGUGUGGGCAAAGCAUAACUACCCCGGUUCAUGGAACGACGGGGAGAUUAGCUUUGCCCUGCAAGAGAAACUUGCCGAUCCCGAUAUGACUGUUCAAGGGACCGGUGUUGCUGCUGAUACAGCGUUUCCAGUGUCCAAGGGGAUGCGCGGGCGUAUUAUUACGCCGAUCAAGGAUGGUGAUCUAGAACGUGCCCCCGCAAAGUGUCGGCUGGGUGUGCUUGCAAUGAGCAACGCGAUAACGUCGCUGCGACAGGCAGCGGAGUGGGGCAUGGGAAGCGCCCCCCAAUGCUACCGGCAACAGCAAUUGCCGUUGCCUUGUCAUCCUAUCAAGCGAGGAAAGCGUAUUAACAAUAUCUAUCGGCUCUUCAAUUUUUUGGUUCGCCAAACGGGUAUUAGUCAGAUUAGGACAGUCUUUAUGUAA